GUGUUCUCCUUUACCAUUUACAUAAGAAUUACUUAGUAGAGCCUAAGAGAUCACUCUUUAUCUAAAACAAAGAUAAUGUAAUACAACCAUGAAAAGGACCUUGAGAUUAUAUUGUUUGGUAAAUCAAUAAGGAACUUUGAAGAUCAACAGUUGCCUAGCCCUAGUCAGGAAAGCAAUGGGAAUUUGAACAUGUACAGCUCCAUGACAACUGGGAAACCUUCAUCUGCAGAGGAAGCUCUAGAACAGCUCUGGACCUUGAGGUUACUGACAACACAGCAAGUGUGAGUCAUUGGGCCUAUACUGUAUAUUCAUCUUCAGGAGGAAAGAACACAGUAACUUUACUCCAGUCAGAAGGACAGACAAAAAGAUGAUGUCCAGCUCUUCCUAUGCUGUUGCCGCUACACUAGAGCAUGAGCUCAAUGUGCCACAACCAGUCCUGGAUGACCACCGGAUACCAGAGGGCUGUCCACAGUCUGUCAGUGACCCACCCGCCUAUUGUUUCAGAGCAGCAGGAGUUCUGAGGUACAAUCGGGAGUCUGACAACCACAGGAUAAACUUAACAACCAUUCUUCCAGCGUCCCAGCCUCAGACAGAAUACCCAGUGAAAUGUGAAUACUGUGGACAAAAGGCCCAACCUCCACUGGAUCUUCCAGGGGCACAGGGGCCAGAGACCAUGCCACUCUUCUGCUGUGUCCAGUGGCAGCAGCUGUGUAAGACGCUGGUGAAGUGGAACCGUUUGGUUGAGAGGAGAUGUGACCUGAGGGCUAGUACUCCAACAUCAUCAUCAGGAGACCAGCCAGCCACAGAGAUAAACGAGCGUCUCUUCCAAGGCAAAGAGAUGGAGGAUUACAACAAGUUUACCCUGGAUUUACCGAGUGGACUUGGAAAAACAGAAUUGAGUAUCUACGAGGAUUUCUCAAUCCAACUACCUGUAGCAGCAACCUUUGCCCCGAAAUCAAAGGUACUCACCUUCCGGCUCUCUUGUGCUCCAGAACAAGGAUGCUGGACAGUGUACCCUGAGAAGCACGUGAAAAUAAAAGAGCAAGAGGAGCAGGUGUUAGUCCCUUUUUGUGCCCACAAGCCACUUCAGUUUGGCGUGUGUCAUUAUCAGGAUGGAGCAGAAUUUCUCAAGAAGUAUUAUUCCAAUGGCAUGACAUUUCUUACAGUGUUCCCUGAUGGCUCUGCUCAGGUCUUCUAUCCCUCCGGCCUCUUGGCUCUCAUUGUCGUGGUCACUGAAGUAAAUGGUAGGGUCUGCAUCGUGUAUGAUGAUAGCAAUGCCUCCUGUCAACCAAUUAGAGCAAUGUUCCAGUCUGAUGGCAGGGCGACGUGUUACCACAACAACGGAAACAUAUGGCUGACCUUAAACAGUUCAGGCGGCCAGUGUUUGGAUGAGGCGGGUGCCAAGGUUCGUCGGUGGAGCUGGAGCAGUCCCACUCCCCUGCAGCCAGUCUUCCUGUCCAUUAACAAAACUGUUGGGGUGCGAGUCCUCGAGAAGGAACAAGUGUUUGUUUCUUUUCUGGCAAAAGGCCAACAGACAAAAUUCAGUGUGGGUGCCUGCUGCGCUCAGUGUGAAUGUAAAACAGAUGGUUCAGGGCCAUCAGUAUUAAAGGAAGAGUUUGUGUUGGCAGCCCGGAUUAGGAUCAACACGGCCCUUCGACAUCUCAACCAGUACCUGAUGACACCCUCACAUCAAGGCCCUCACCUCCAAGCUUUUCAGUCUAAUGAGACUUAAUUCAGCUUAAAGGUUUAUGCUAUGGAGGAAGAAAGAGCCUUCAUCCAUAGGUGCCUUCAGUCUUUAUGUACCAUUAAUAAAGUACAUAGUGACGUGACAACAGCAACUAUUCUAUGGCAUAAAGACAGUCACACUCUAAAUAGCGGUUCAAAAAAAAUUUGUUUCCAUUUUUUUUGUUUGACUUUGAUUUGAAUACCAGAGUAAUUAAAAGGCAAUCAGACAACAUAUCAAACAUUACCAUAAAAAAUUUGUUUUUUCUACAUAACUUAAUGGUUCUUUUUAGGAGGUAUGAUGGCAUUUACAUUACAAUACUGCACUGUUUUCACUCCUGGAUACUAUUUUGAGAUCACAAAAACUAAAACUAAAUUCAGUUUCAUGAAACCCAUAGGGAGUGAUCUCAAAAGGUAAACAGUUUUUUGUGCAUACUGGAUUAUAUUGCCAACAAAUAAAAGUUAUUGUAAUUUUGUUCCCUAAACUUUCUUCACUUACUAAAACUCAUUACCAAGUUAUGUGACUUUACUGUCGGGAAUAUCCAAAAUUCAAGGGGUGUGUAUGGCACUGUGAUGUCACAAAGUUGUAGUCUUACAUUGUAUUAGCCCUUAAUCUGAUUUGUGUCCAAUCAGUGUAAACCCUCAAGUCUUCCUGAGGUUGAGCAGAUGGCUAAGAGAUGUGCACUAAUGAAUCAAGCAGGCCGCCUGCUUUACCAAACAAACAGCAAUAUCUCCCAAGAUAUUAAGAUUUCCUACUUUUUCUCUCAGGUAAUUUAA